AUGGGGAAGCUGUGGGCUUUCCUGAUAUCCCUCUUGCUCUUGAAGUUUUCUCUCAUCUUGUACAGUUGGACAGAAACGAGCUGCUUUUGGAGACUAAAGCAUGAAAAAGAGGAUCAUGGAGGUUUGAAGAAUGACUGUGAGUUUUUACUUUACCUGUCUCCAGAACUGCCCGAGGAAGAUUUGUAUAAUAGUAUGACGGAUUUUAUAGUACCAACAGAGAAAUUCGAGUUUUUUCUGGCAUUGAUUUUUGCUACUGAAGAGAUCAACAUGAACCCUUAUCUUUUACCCAACAUGUCUUUGCUUUUUUCCAUCCUUGUUGGCCUGUGUUCUAAUACAAUGACAGUAAUUGAUUUACUAUAUUCACCACAAGCAAAUUUUUCAAUAAUUCCUAAUUAUAAGUGUGGAAAUUCUAUAUGUGAUGUAUCACUUAUAGGAUCAUCAUGGAGUACCUCUAUAAAAAUGACAACCCUUUUCACAUCUCCAAAGAUUUUCUUUGGACCAUUUCAUCCUCUCCUGAGUGAUAAUGUCCUAUUUCCCUAUGUCUACCAGAUAGCACACAAGGAUACAUGUUUGCCCAAGGCCAUGGUCUCUUUGAUGCUUUAUUUUACAUGGACCUGGGUAGGGCUGGUUGUCUCAGAUGAUGACCAGGGGAUUCAGUUUCUCUCAGACUUAAGAGAAGAGAUGCAAAUAAAUGGAGUCUGCUUAGCUUUUGUGAAUGUGAUCCCAGAUAACAUGCAAUUGUACACAGCAAGGGCUGGAAUAUAUGACAAACAAAUCAUGGCAUCAUCAGCAAAGGUUGUUAUUAUUUAUGGUGAAAUGAACUCUACCCUAGAAGUGAGCUUCAGAAGGUGGGGCUAUUUAGGUGUACAGAGAAUCUGGGUCACCACCUCACAUUGGGAUGUCACCAAAAGUAAGAGAGAUUUCAGCCUUGACCCCUUCCAAGGGACUGUCACUUUUGCACAGCACUGUGGUAAAGUUUCCAUAUUUAGGCAUUUUAGGCAAAUAGUGAACAUUUCCAAAUAUCCAGUAGACAUUUCUCAGAUGAGAACAAAGUGGAAUUACUUUAACUGUUCAGUCUCUGAGACCAACUUUAGCUCAAUGAAUUAUUAUUUAUUCAACACUACAGUUGAGUGGUUAUCACAACAUAAAUUUGACAUGGUCAUGAGUGCAGAAGGUUACAAUUUAUACAAUGCUGUAUACGCUGUUGCCCACACCUUCCAUGAAAUUCUUUAUCAACUAGUAGAUUCUCAGCCUGUAGGUGAACUCAGAGGAAUAUUCCGUGACUGUCAUCAGAUGGCUUCUUUGCUGAAGAACAAGGUAUUUACUAACCCUAUUGGAGAGCUGGUGGACAUGAAUCUGAGAGGAAAACAGUGUGCAGACUAUGAUAUAUACAACAUUUGGAAUUUCCCACAAGGCUUUGGAUUAAAGGUGAAACUAGGAGGUUAUUCCUCCUAUUCCCCACAGAGCCAACAACUACACAUUUCUGAAGACUUAGAGCAGACCAUGGGAGCAACACUGCUUCCGACUUCUACAUGCAGUGUGACAUGCACUCCUGGAUUCAGGAAAUUUCAUCAAGAACACGCAGCAGACUGCUGCUUUGACUGUGCCUGGUGCCCAGAGCAUGAGGUUUCCAAUGAGACUGAUGUGGAGCAGUGUGUUCGCUGUCCAGAAGAUCAGUAUUCCAACCCAGAGCACACACGCUGCCUGCAAAGACAUGUCUCCUUUCUAGCUUAUGAAGACCCAUUGGGGAUGACUCUGGCCUGCAUGUCCCUGUGCUUCUCUGCCCUCACGGCUCUUGUUCUUGGUGCUUUUGUGAAGUAUAAUAACACUCCCAUAGUGAAGGCCAAUAACCGCAUUCUCAGCUAUAUCCUACUGAUCUCCAUCAUAAUCUGUUUCCUCUGUUCAUUGCUCUUCAUUGGGCAUCCCCACAUAGUCACCUGCAUCCUUCAGCAGACCACAUUUGGAGUAUUUUUCACAGUGGCUGUGUCUACAGUCUUGGCCAAGACUAUUACAGUUGUCUUGGCCUUCAAGCUCACGACUCCAGGAAAAAGAAUGAGAGGGAUACUGGUAUCAGGGGCACCUAAAUUUGUCAUUCCCAUCUGUACCUUGAUCCAACUCAUUCUGUGUGGAAUCUGGCUGGUCACAGCCCCUCCCUUUAUUGACACAGAUACACACUCUGAGCAUGGACAGAUUAUCAUUGUGUGCAGCAAAGGCUCAACUAUUGCAUUCCACUUUGUCUUAGGAUACUUGGGCUCCUUGGCUCUGGGGAGCUUCACUGUGGCUUUCUUGGCCCGGAAUCUUCCUGACAGAUUCAAUGAAGCUAAAUUUCUGACCUUCAGCAUGCUGGUGUUCUGCAGUGUGUGGGUCACCUUCCUCCCUGUCUACCACAGCACCAAGGGGAAGAUCAUGGUGGCUGUGGAGGUCCUCUCCAUCUUGGCCUCCAGUGCAGGGUUGUUAGGGUGCAUCUUUGUCCCAAAAUGUUAUGUUAUUUUCAUGAGACCAGAUUUAAAUUCUCUUCAAAAAUUCAGGGAUAAAUCACUUUACUGAUCCAUUCCUAGUUUUAAGACUUUUAGAUGACACUUAAAAUAUCUGUGUUCCAUUUCCUUGGAGUGACCCUCUCUUCCAUUCCCAGCUUUCAUCAUUUCCUAUCCAGUUUAUCAAGUUUCAUAAUGUCAUCCUUGUUGACCUUACAUUCUGGUGGUAAUGUGGGUGAGACUUUACUGUAUACAUUCUGCUCUUCAUAGUACACAUAUUUUCAUAGGAAUCUCCCUUAUCUUCAGGCUUUCAAGAUCUUUCCUUCCUUCUUCAAUGUUCCCUGAGCCUUAGGUUGGGAGGGUUUUGUAGAUGGAUUGAUUGCUUGGUUCUUCAUAUAUAUGUUGAAUGGGAGGAAUCAUUCAUAAAUGGACCCUGUUAGUCUUUAUUCCCACCUAUUUUUCUAUGAGUUAUUCUGAAGAGUACUUUCUAGCAACUUGCAUGCUAGUCAGUAGGGGAAAGGCUUCUACUUGGGCACCAGGUAGACUUUUCCUUAUUUGAUGACAGAAGUAAGUGUUGUCCCCUGGAAUAUCACCUCAGCAGCUGGUACUAUAGAGAAAUCCUAACCCACAAGCCUCAGGGAUCUAUAUGGGAAAAGAUGUGGAAAUAUUUAAAGAGGCAGAGGUAGUGGACGUCUUCAUGGAAUCAUUAUCACCUACAAAUCAACAGGACUAGACAAUCACAUGAAAUCACAACAGUGUUGGAAACAUAUAUAAGAUCUGCAGUGGUACCAGCCAAAAAAAUAUCACAGUACUAACAAGUAGACAUGGACUCAAAUCCAAUCCAUAAACAAGAAAUAGU